AUGCGUGGAUUUUAUUCCAGACCUAAUCGGCAUGGUCAUUGCCUUCCAUUUGACAGUGACAUCCUUCCAGGGACUAGAAGUGAAGAUGGGCAUGAGGGUGUGAUCGAAGUCAUGUAUCAUUUGAAUGAGAGGGAAAUCACUGGGCCGCAGGCUAGAAAUGAGGUCACAGAACGAAGGACGAAGCUCAAGUGGGAUACUAUGCUUGGUGUUUCCAUGAUUUCUAACAGUACUACUAUGGCGGGAAUGAGUCCUCGGCCGUACAAGGCAGCGAGAUACAGUGAAAAGGACAUGCGUCUAUUGAGUAAUAUCCGUUCUCAUUCACGGUUGCUCUAG